GUCCAAUUCGAAAACAUCUUCUCUGAUUUUUGAAUGAUGAAAAAACAGAAGCUCGAAAACUAUCAGAUGGUGGGUGUGGAUGCUGCAAAGAGUAAAGAGGAGAAGAUGAAGAUAAUUUUCGACAAGUUUGAUGUCAACAAAGAUUCACAUUUAGGGAUAACAGAGUUGUUAGGAUGGAUCAUGGCAGUUGAACCCACAUUAAGUAACGAUUUGCAAAGGCUUCCAUUUCUCCUUCAAAUAUACUUGGGUAACCCCUCUUUCCUAGCUAGUUCAAAAGGACUAUCCUAUAGUGGUUUCACUCACAUUUAUGAAGAAGGUCAUCUUAACUUUGAUCAUGACUUCAAUACCAUUAAUAUUCAGCCCCCAAUUCACAAGGGAUAUGCCAUUCGAGGUAUUUUACAACAACAACAACAACAACGUAGCUUGAUGCUUCAAUCACAACUACAACAACAACAACAACAAUGCCAACAACAAGAACAACACCGUAGUUUGAUGCUUCAAUCACAAUUAGUACAACAACAAGCACAACAAUGUGCAAGUCUAGCGACAAAUACUUUUUCAAGCAACCUCAGAAACACAACGCAACAAGUGGGUGGAGGGAUCAGCUCUGCUGGGCCGGUGUCUAAUAUUGGGAUCACAGCACAACAAAUGGGAGGAGUGAUCAGCUCUGCUGUGCAAGUGAAUAGUUAUGGAAACACAAUGGAACAAGUGGGAGGAUUGUUUAACUCUACUGCACAGGCGAAUAGUAAUGGAAACUCAGCGCAACAAGUGCGAGGAAAUCUCAACUCUGCUACUGAGGUGAACAAAAACGUAAACUCAGCUGAACAAGAGAAUGCUGUAAAAGACGUCAAGUCAAAAGUAAAGUACGAUGGAUCUCAUCCUGAAUUGGCUGCUAGGCUUGAAAAGGAAAUAUUGGACACAAAUCCAGGGGUAAAAUGGGAUGAUGUUGCUGGACUAAGUGAGGCAAAGAGGAUUCUACAGGAAACAGUGGUACUCCCACUGUUUAUGCCUGAGUAUUUCCAGGGAAUCAGGAGACCUUGGAGAGGAGUUCUUAUGUUUGGUCCUCCUGGCACAGGGAAAACACUCUUGGCCAAAGCUGUUGCUACAGAGUGUGGGAUGACAUUUAUGAAUAUUUCCUGUAGUUCAUUGUGUGGAAAUUGGUAUGGAGAGAGUGAUCGAUUGACUUGGUGCUUAUUUGAGCUUGCCCGUGCUCAUGCUCCAACUAUGAUUUUCAUUGAUGAUAUUGAUUCUCUUUGCAGUGUCAGAGGGUCUGCUACAGAGCAUGAAACAUCCCGAAGGUUAAUGUCUGAACUUUUAGUUCAGAUCGAUGGAUUAAAUAACUCUAAUAGUACAUCAGGUAAAAUGGUGACACUUUUGGCAGCAACAAAUUUCCCUGGGAAUCUUGACGAGGCACUAAGGAGGCGGCUAGAAAAGCGGAUUUACAUCCCACUUCCUGAUUUUGAGACCCGUAAGGAGCUUAUACAGAUAAACUUAAAAUCAAUCGAGUUGGCUUCUGAGGUGGAUAUUGAGCAAGUGGCACAAAAAACAGAAGGCUACAGUGGAGAUGAUCUAACAAACAUCUGCAGAGACGCUUCCUUGAAUGGCAUGAGGCAGAAGAUAGCUGGGAAAACCAUAGACGAGAUCAAGAACAUAUUGAAAUCAGAAAUGCUGAAAAUUCCAGUUACAAUGGAAGACUUCCUAGAAGCUGUAGAUAAAAUAAAGCCCACAGUUUCUUCAGGGGACAUUCAACGACAUGAGAAAUGGUACUCAGAGUUUGGAUCAUCAUAUUAAAUGAAAGUUCAAAAGUGCUGCUUUUUUUGUAAGAAAUCAAAUUGAUCGUUGUGGACAAGCAUCACUGUUAUAGCGUCAGAUAUUUUAGGAACUAUUUUCGAUAGAUGAUCCAAUGUUGAUGAUACUACUACUGAUAUAUGGGCUCUUCCAUGGCAAAUUUCAAUCGAUAUAUAGCUCAAAUCUUCUAAAUGGUUUCAAAAUUUUAGAUAUGAUAUUCCCCUUUUCA